GAAAUGCGGUUGGCUCCAAUUCAAACGGAUAAUUUUACCAAAAUACCCCCGACCUCCCUCUCCUUUUUCCACUGCCAACGCCAUUCGUUCCCCCGAAUAACUAGGGUUUCACUCUCACCCCUGCUGCAAUUUCACGAUUUCCUUACUCCCUUCGUUUUCCCUUCACAAUUCUCUCGGCCUCGACACUCCAAGAAUAUGGUGCAAUUUGAUUUGAAUUCAAAUUCUGUCACCGCCAUCCACCACUCUAAACCACCGGACUCAUUUCAGCUCAUGCUAUCAGAAUCUAUACACCGGUUUUUCACCCAACACCAUAGCGGUUCGACCGAUUUUUCCAAUUUCACCUCCAUUUUCUCUCGCUUGCUACAGAAUCUACCCGAUCCGCCGCUCGAAUUUGUCUGGUUUUACUCCGCUGUAACUUUCCAUUCCACUAACAAAUGUAACUCCCCGAGUUCAAUCUCCAGCUCCAAAGACCUUUUCCAGCUUCUAGUUUCCUGCUCCACUUCUUGCGGUGCUGUUAAAAGAAUCUCCGUGCUCGCUCCCGUUAUCUACCAGCUCUACCAUUUAGUUUCCGGUCAAAAAGAGUUUAAAAGGGAAGUGGAGAGUUUGUUAGAAGGGAUUGUGAGUUACAUUAGCAUAUGUUGCGGUAUGGAAGAUGAUGGCAACGACAAUUUGAGUUCGCGUUUUGGUGAUUUGUUGCGUGUUUGGAUGGUAGAUAGAGUUGGGAAGGAAGGUGAGAAGAGAGAUGACUUGAAGGUGUUUUUUCCACUCGCCAGUGAAGAAACUCGCAAGGCGAUCGGUGCAGGAUGCGGGAUUCGGUAUUUGGCUGGUGCUGUAAUGUGUCAGGCUUUUCUGCUGAGAUUGUGUUUGAAAUUUGGAUAUGGGAUUCCAAAAUUGGAGUUGGAGAAGGACGUGCAUGAUUGCGCCGUUCAAAUGAUAACUGGGUUUCGAAUUUUUCACUUUCUGGAUAUCUUUCUCAGGAUGCUGUUGGAACCGGUUUUACCUGUCACUUCUUUAGUGGGCCAUGGAAAUGAAGUUAUUUUAAGAGAGACUUUGUAUGAUGCUGUUAUAAAGAUGGACCAUACGUUUCUCAGUCCACAAGGAGGAAAUCUACUAUCUGGCAAACAACUAAAAGAUCUUGCUUUGACAUGGUCCUUUGUUGUUGACGAUGCCAUUCGGUCGCUGAGGGAGAAUGGUAACCAGACCAAAUCUAUCUCUUACAUGAAUGCUUUCUCUGAAUCUUGGCUACCCCCUCAGUUGAUCAAGUGGGUUACCAGUCAGACUGGGAUGGGGGACAAAGCAAGGAGCCUGAAUUUUUCCACUCCUGUAGCUCUUCUCAAGUGGCUACUCAUCAUUGAGGAUCAAGGGGUGAAAAUAUUUGAAUGCGACAUUUCCAAGGUUUAUGCCAAGGCUGUGCUUUGCAAGUCGAGAGUUGAAUAUGAGAUCCCAGUUGACAAGAUAAGUGGCCAAUAUUUGGGUGAGGAUCUUGCCGGUAUGUUUCAUGAGAUGAAAGAAGACAAGAAAGCUGAUAGUGAUCUAGAGAUGAUUGAUUCAACGGAUACGGUUCCCUCGCCUGCUCCUUGCUUGAUGAAAUCAACUACAGCCGAUGGUGUAAGAAAACGCAAAGAAGGGAGCACUGUUGAAUGGGAAAUACCUGUUAAGUUUAUCAAGUAUCAAUUAUGUGAAAACUUGGGAAGGGAGAAGCUUUUGCCUUUGGCUAAUGGCGAUGGCUUGAGUUGUGGGAGUGAGGUCGACAGUCCGAGUUUGGAUGAGUAUACGAGAGAUAUGGAACAAUAAUUUCUUUUAUUAAGCAAGCAACUUGACCACGAUGCAGUUUACUAUUCCAGCCUUGUUAAUCACAUUGGAACCUGGAAGGCUUUUGUGGCUGAAGAAUUCGGCAUUUUAACCUUGGAUGGUGACUUCUGACAUUAGCUUGUAUUGGCUCCUAAUUUCGCACUUGAAUUCUUCAUAUCAUGUGGCAUUGUAGAAGAGUUAUCUGAGUUCAUUGUA